UACAUAAAACCAAAAUAUCCAGUAACUCUGAUUCUUUGCUCUUGGAAGGCAGCAAUAAUUGUACUACAAAUCAUGAAAAAGGUGAAACUACUGUAAUUUUUCAAGAUUUAAUGGAUCGUAUUAAUGAAAAAUUAAAAUCAAUAGAAACUACAGAUACGACAAACCUUAUAAAAUUAUCUAGCAGUGAUUGUAAUACAGAUAAUGAUUUAAAACUGAGAGAUUUAAUAACUUCCCUCUUGCAUAAUGCAAAGGCCAGUGAUUACAGUUUUAUGGAAUUACUGAGUCAACAUGAUAAAAAGCUCGAAAAUAAAAUUAUUCAGACAAGAUUUCGAAAGCGUCAAGAAACAUUAUUUGCGAUGCACCACUCUCCUGAUUCACCCAUGUUUAGAAGGCAGGCUUUACAGAUAAAAAGAGAACUUGCUAGUCUUGAUGAAAACUUUGUAAGAAAAAAAUGCAGUGAAAAAUUUUCAAGGAAAUUGGUAUGCAAUAAUGUGAUACUUUCAACAGACAAAGAAGAAUUCUAUAAUUGCCAAGGGCCUUCUUUACAAAAUUCUAAAAGCCUUCAAGACAGCAAUCAUGCAGAAAUAUCAUUUUCACCAGAUUAUGCAUUACAGUCCUUGCAACUACCCCUUCAUAAUUUAGAUACUAACUUGGCUUUUGACACAUUUUCAGAAAGCUUCAAAACAACUAUUCCUGAGAAAAUGAGCAUAAGAAAUUCACAGGAGAAAUCUGCAGCUGGAAAAAGUUUUUUGCAAAAUCAUGAGAAUUCAAAACUAGAAAAUACUCAAACUUCUUUGAAAUGUGAUGUUCCUGGACAUUUGAACAGAACUAAACGAAAUAUUGUGCCUCCAGGAUGGUAUUCUAUAUAUGUAACAAAUAAUUAUGUUCUCAAAAAAUCCCCUAAGGCCAAAAAGGUUUCUGAAUCUACAAAAAAAAAAGAUCAGGUGAAAAGUAUUCAAACUGAAAGCUCACACAAUAUAGAUCUAAACAAAAUUGCAAUGAAUUCUAAUUUACAAGUUAUUGUGGAACGUUUGGAAGAUACAAUAAAUAUGGCCAAGAAGUCCUGGAAUAAUCAGUCAUUGUUGGAAGGAUAUAAAGCAUCCAAAAAAUUGAAAGAAGUUGAUGGUAAAGAUCAAAAUGCUGGUGGAAAUAUAACUCUUACUGUAAGUAGAAUGACAUGCAAAGAGCAGAGUUUAUCAAAAUCUGUGGCAGUAUCCAACACUAUCCAAAGCAAUCCAAUAGAUUUGAAUAACAAAAGACUUGAUAAUCUGAAAAAGUCAUCUAUUUUAGAUACAGGUAGCUUGAUUUCCUCUGUUGAGAAUAUACCAACAAAAUAUGAAGCCACCAAAAGCUCUUUUUCCAAUUAUUCUAGUCCUAUCAAACUCAUGUUUUUAUCUGAGGUUAAAAGCAGUGAAGGAGUCAAAUAUACUUUAACUUCAGUCAAUAAUUCUGAAUCAAACAUUGAUUUUUCUUCUGAAAAAUGUCCAAACCAUCAUGUAAUUGAAAAAAAAACAGAAAUAAAUGAGGACAUUCCAAAUGCUAACUUGGAAAAUGUUAGUUCUAAUCUUAAUGGUAGUGACACCCUUCAAAAAGAACUAAAAUUAAAUUGUGCAACAGAAACAGCAGAAUCUUCUGAAAUGUUUAUUGAUCAUACAAAUAGCGAUAAGCCACAGGAAGAACCUAUGGAAAAUUCAAACAGUGCAAUUGAUUCAUCUUUUAAAAGAAAACCAGGUAGACCUAAAAAAAUAGGUCCCCAGGUUGUGAAACAGAUUAAGCGACCAAUUGGAAGACCACCCAAACCGAAAACUGAUCAAACAGACAUUACCAUUUGCCAAAAUGAGUCUUUUAGUGCUGGAAAGAAAAGCCCAGAAUCUCCCCUAUCAGAAGUAAAGGAAGGUAUUUAUAAAAAGACUAUUACUGUAACUGUUAUUUAUGGAAGGUCAAGAAGAACUAAAAGGCAUGUUUCUGAAGGAAGUGUAAGCAUAAGCAAUGUUACAUCUUUAAACAGUAAGGUUACUGAUUUUCCAACUGAAUGUAAUAGUCUCAGAAAUAUUAGAGAAUUUGAACUUGACUCGGGUGAAAGAAUAAGUGCCAUUUCAAGUUUGACAACUGAAAGUGAGAUCUUGGGCUUUGAAUAUGUUAGACCUAUUAAGAACAAGUCUGUGAUACCUCAACCUUCUAAGAGCAUUGUUCGACCAAAUCAGAAGCCUUUGGCAAUAAUUAGGAAGCCUGGUAGACCUGCAAAAGUGAAAAUUUCUGGUAUAUCUGUAACUAUUAAUAGAAUUUCACCUCAGGAGAGAGCAGUGAGUAUUAGCAGCUGUUUACCUCCGUUAGAACAAGAGACUAUGUUGGAAAAAAGUUUGCCUGAAGAAAAGUAUGCUUCUCAGUGCAAUAAGAUGGAUACAAGGCAUACUGAAGCUGACCUAUUCAAGAAUGGAUCAAAAAGUGUGGUUGCUGCUAUACCUUUGAGACAUUCUAUUAGGGACCGAAAACCAUCUCUGCAUUUCUUACAUUCAUUAGCAUCUUCUAGCUCACUUAUUUAUAGAAAUACUCUGCUUCAUAAAUCGUAUAAACUCCAUUUGCAGAAAGGCAAAAGUCAGAAGGAAAAAAAUAGGCAGUCAAGGUUAAAAAUAGCUCCCAAAGGUACACCAGGAGCUAGAAAUUUAAGGAAUGCAAAAAAAUGUUUGGAAGAUAAAUUAAUACCCAUUUCUGAAGUAUCUUUGGACCCUAUAAUUUCAUCAAACCCUUUGCUCAGGUGGUGGGCUGCUUCUGCUUCGAACGAUUCCUUAUUAGAGGCGUUAAAUAAUAGAUUUGAGCAAAUUACAAAUGCUUGGGUACAAGUCAGUGGAGAUGAAGCUGAAAAUUAUGUUCAUACAAAAAGGGAAGACACUGAAAAUAAUAAUCUCAAAAUAGCAAACCCUUUGGAAACCUGUCUUGUAGAACUUGAAGUUUCACCUGUAAAAAUGCUUUUUCAGAAAAAAUAUGAUUUGAAUGAACUCUGUACCUGGUUUAUGCAAACGACAGAAACACAGUCUCUUUCACUAGUUAGAAAAGCAAAUGCUCGAAACCCUUUCGAAGUAAUAAAUACCAGAGGAAUUAAAUUAGGGAACAAAUACUCUGAUUUUAAUACCAGCCCCUUCCGAAAGCACUUUAAAAAAUUUGCACUAUCUUCUCCUUCAAAAUCAGGGAAGUUGCAUAUACUGCAUAAAAUGGUUAGCUCUCCACUCUUAAAUGUGAAAAAUAAUUUAACACUAAGUAGAUUCAAAAGAACUGAGUUUAAGAGGUUGCGACAUGAAAGGUGGAGAAGAGAGGGAAAGCUGCACAACCACGGAACAGUUAAUUGGAUCUCUAAAAAGAGGAACCUGAGAUUUUACUGCCAGAACCAAUUUUUUAGUAAGACUGAGGGAGGACCAAAUGCUGAUAAUGCAGUAGGUAAUCAGUUUAUUUUGCCACCUGAGAUCAGGAAUGACUUUUUGCAACAGAGGGUGGUAGUGUCUGACGUUAGAACACAUGGUAGUUUAGAGAAUAAAUAUAAGUUGGAAGCAAAGGAAAAUGGAACAAAUUGCAGCCAAAAAGAUUUUGAAAAGGGACCAAGACUAGGGAAUGUAUGUCCAAGUAAUUGGAGGUCAAAAACCUUAAAAGAUUGUAGAAUAUUUUUGAGAAAAAUCAACUACCUUGAACACAGAAAUACUUUUAAGCUAAAUACAAUCAUUUACUCACCUGAAUCUGUUAACAGUGGAAGUAAUCAUCAGACUCAUAUGGAAGAAUCAAAGCGCUUUACCUUAAGAUCCCAUUCUGCUAGGCAAAAUUCUUUUAAAACGCAAUCUAAAGAAAUAGAAAAUGCUAAGUCAAAUAGUCCUGCAGCUGAUAAAUUUCCUGGCCAACUUGACAGUAGUAAAUUAAAUAAAUGUGUUAAUUAUGACAAGACUCCUGAUGGCUCUGAAGUUCUUAGCAAAUUGAAGAAAAGAAAAAGACCACCAUGGAAGACCACAGAAAUUUCAACAAAAAGACAUAAACGACAGUCUUGCAACAGUGGACAAAUGGCAAACUAUUAUUCAAAAUCCCAAGUAGCUCUGUGUGGUUUUGAGCAUGUUAAUGGGCUCUCAUUAGAUCAUCAGGAAUAUAGAAGCAUGCUACAAAUGAAAAAUGAUGAGAAACUGAAUUUGUCUGAUGGGAAUACAGCAAGUAGCCCUUUGAGCCCCAUUAAGAUGUGCCUUAAUCAUCCCACUGAAUGGAAUCUGAAUUUGACAGCAUCUCUAGCAAGCUGUACAGUUCAAAACCAAAAUCUCACAAGUGAAGAGAAAUAGAUUGCAGUUCUUCUUGCACUAUCCUUAUUUUGUACGUCAAUAUUCUUUUUGCUGAACAAUAAGCAUUUACCAGUUGAUCUUGAAAUAUUUCUAGUCCUGUGAUUUGUCUUUAUAUCAUUAGCAUUAAUCACUUUGAUUAUAUUCUUUGUAUGUUUUUUACAUGUUUUACAUCAGACCAUUGUGGAACUUUGCAGUACAGAUGGAUUUUGAUGUUUCUCUUUAAUGGUAUUUUGUGAAAUUUGUAUGCCCUAAGUUUAAAUACAUAGUUGUCCCCAAUUUUAUUUCUGUGCACAAAGUUUUAAUAUAUGACGUACUGCGUGAUUUGGAAGUGUAAAGAUUCGUGAUGAUGACCUGACCCAUGAACAGUUAUAAAGCUGGUGGAUACCAACUACCUCGAAUUGGUGAAAGGCAAAGGUAUCUCUUAGAAGUAUAUCAUUUUCAAAGUUAUAUAUAUAGAGAAAAAUUGGUCAGUUUAUCAAGUAGCAUGUUUCCAUUCAUAGGAGAAUUUGAGCUGAUCAGUUUUCUUUCUCUGUAUUUUUAAACCUUUCAAGUCUGUGAGAACAAUAGCACAAUUACACAUUUACUCUUCAGCAAAUGUGUGCCUCUUACAGACAAGAAUACUAUUUGGUUUCUGUAAGUUACCAGUUUUGAAAGAAAAAUGGUAAAUGGACUUACAUCUACUGAUUUUAUGGUAUUUUAGCCAUUUAUUUUAAAGUGGAAAGGGAUUUUUUUUUUAAAUCAGGAUAUUCCUUACGUUUAAAAGUGCAAAAGCAUAGCUUCAGCAAUGGCUUAUGUGAUUGUGUCUAAAACUUGAACAGUAAGAAUACUAAAGGUUUGGUGCUUAAUUUGUUUUUUUCCCAGCCAGAUAAAGAAAGCUUUGAUUUGGUGGUCCAUGUAAGUAUGGUAGUCUCUUUAGAUAGCCUGGCUAUGAGGUAAAUGGAAUUUAAUUUUUGGACAUUUUAAGUCCUUAUUUCUCCCUACUCCACAUGCCCCCAAGCAAAAAUUUUUUAAAUGGGGAUUUAACAAAAGAAGACUUACAUAAAGAAUUUGAAGCACAGAAAAAGAGCCAACAGAAUGGAACUCACCUAUUUUUCAUUGUUUAUAUCACUACCAUAUCUGCCUUUUCUUUUCCUUAAUAAGCAUUCUUUGUAACUUUUAGGCUCCUUUUAUAUUUUUGAGUUUUAUAAAGCGCAUAUAUAUGUAUGUAAUAUAGCAAUUUGGUUCUAAAAAGCACAACAACCUUUAGCUCCAUCUUAGAACAUCACUUUAAAUAAAUGGCCUCUGAUUAAAUAAAGCACAAUUAUUAAAACAGAUCCAAAGUUAGGGCAUUUCUAUUCUGAAUAAUAAAGAGAAAAGGCAAUUAACAGA